AUGUUAAAUAUUCAAUGCAUUCUACAACGAGGUUUGGAAGCCACCUUUAUCACUCAAGAACUUUAUGAUUUCUUACUACAGAAAAACCCAAGAACGCCAGUCAUCUACACACUGCCAAAAAUACAUAAAGAUCCCAUAUCACCACCAGGAAGACCCAUAGUUUCAGCAAUAGGUGGGGCAUUAGAACCAAUAGCCAAAUGGCUGGACCACCUAUUCAAGCAACCUGUUGAGGAACUACCCACAUGCAUCAAAGAUACUCCAAGUCUUCUCAAAUCACUGCAACAGUUCACUGGAUUGGAACCUGACAUCACUUUCAUAACAUGUGACGUAAAAAGCCUAUACACAAUCAUUCCACAUGAUAUGGGCAUCAAUGCCAUGCGGAGGAUAUUGGCAUCAUCAACAUCAUAUACAGGACCACCAAUUGAGUACAUAAUGGAACUUCUUCAUCUGGUACUCAGUCAAAACUAUUUUAGAUUCGAACAGACCCGGUACAAACAAAUUGCGGGGACUUCAAUGGGAGCCGCUAUGGCCCCGAUGUAUGCCAAUAGCUACAUGUAUAUAUUUGAGCAAGAACAGAUACUCAUACCGUUCCAUGACAGUAUACUAUUUUAUCGUCGCUUCAUCGAUGACAUCUUUAUCAUCUGGAAGAACGUAGGACCCACCCCAGAUGAAAUGCUCAACACUAUUAACAGCCUGGACACACCAGUUCGUCUGACAAUGACUACAAGUGACAAACAGAUUGACUUCCUAGAUGUUCGCUUAUAUCGGGAAGACGAUAAAAUAGCAUAUACGCUAUUCAGCAAACCAACAGACAGGAACACUCUCCUUCACGCUAAAAGUCACCAUCCUAAACAUCAUAUUCGCUCACUCCCACAGUCACAAUUUAUGAGAGUGAUACGUAACAACUCCAAUAUAAUCAACACCCAGCUCCAACUACAAAUUAUGUGGGACAAGUUCCUGUCACGAGGUUACCACUCAAGAGACUUAACAAAGGCACUAGACAGAUGCUAUGAAGUACCGGUACACAACACAGCUAAAAAUGACAGACUGGUUUUCCCUAUUACGUAUACAACCAUAUCAGAUGACAUCAAACG